AUGCCAGACGUCGAAGCGCAGUGCAACGUCGGACAAGCGGUCAUCCCAACUCACCCAACGCUUUGGCUGGUGUCUAAUCGUGUAUUUUAUGGGUUUCAUGGACAUGCAGCAACUCCGGAGGCGCCGACGCCGCCAGAAGCCGCUCUGAAGACGGCGACGCUGCCAGCAGCGACUCCGAAGACGUCGACACCGCCAGCAGCCGCUCCGAAGACACCAACACCGAAUCCGAAGACGCCGACACCACCUGCAGUACCUGAAGCCGAAUCUCCGACAGAUGCCGAUGAUGGAAGCGAGUCGUCCUACCACCCGGAUGAUGACACUGACGCUUCAGACGAUGGCGACACUACGCCAGUAGUAGAGGAGUCCAAAGACGAUCGAGAAGCCGAUGUUGCGACUGGAGAUGCUAAUCUUGUCGACGGUUCUGAAGACCCACGAACCUAUGUGGCGUUCGAGUCCGAUGCAGAGAACGAUGACGGAGAUGACGAGGGCGACGCACCUGAAGAUGACUUGACUGAGCUCGACGUGCAACUACCCGUGCCGCCGGAGCUCCGGUUCGAUGGCAAGCUUAUUGCAGCUGUUGGUGGAAUGGAGAAUAUUCUGUCGGGGACUGUGCCCGACGAGUUGCUGCGAGAUAUGGGAGAGAAGGGCUGGUCGGACCUCUCCACGUCAACGGCGUUCGACUACUCGAUGCAACCCUACGAGGUUCGCCCAGCCAACUCGCUGAUCCAAGACUAUCCUAACCUGUACUCAGGAGAGUCGGGUCCGACUGCCAAAGCACUCGACGCGGCUGAUACUCCGUCUGAAUAUGGAUGA